CCGAUAUUGUGGCCACCAUCAUAGCGGAUCAGCGAGCGGCUUCACGAUGGGACGGAAAAAGAUACAGAUUUCCCGGAUAACGGAUGAACGGAACCGGCAGGUGACGUUUAACAAGCGCAAAUUUGGGGUGAUGAAAAAGGCGUACGAACUGUCGGUGCUGUGUGACUGCGAGAUCGCGCUGAUCAUCUUCAGCAGCAGCAACAAGCUGUACCAGUACGCCAGCACGGAUAUGGACAAAGUGCUGCUAAAAUAUACCGAGUACAACGAGCCGCACGAGUCGCUGACGAACAAGAACAUCAUUGAGUUGCAGGUGAACGCGCAGAAAGAGAACAAAAAUGGCACCAUGUCGCCGGACUCGCCGGAACCGGAGGAUAGCUACAAUCUCACACCGCGCACGGAGGCAAAGUACAACAAAAUGGAUGAAGACUUCCAGAUCAUGAUGCAGCGCAACCAGCAGCUGUCGGCCAGUGUUGCCGGUAGCGGUGGUGGCGGCGGCGGCGCUGGCGGUGGCGGUGGCGGAGGGCGUUCGAGCAUGGCCACCAACAGCUACACGCUGCCGGUGUCCGUGCCCGUGUCGGUGCCGGUGAUCGGAACGUACAACGACUCGAUGCUCCAGAGCAGCCCGCAGAUGGCACACAAUAGUAUUAGUCCCCGGCCGUCCAGCUCGGAAACCGAUUCGAUCUAUCCCUCUGGCGGCAUCCUGGAAAUGUCCAACGGAUACCCCCAUUCGGCGUCACCCCUUGGCGGAUCGCCGAGCCCCGGACCGAGUCCAGGUAUAGGAGCUCAUCAGGCACACAAUAAUAAUAACAACAAUAACACCCAUAACACCCAUAACAAAAAGUUCCAUUUUGAUAACGCAGUCCAAACGAUAAAGCAAAGCCCAUCGGGCGGUAGCGGAAGCUCCGGCUCACGGUCGACCAAUCUGCGAGUAGUCAUCCCGACGCCCAUGAACCCGACCGUCAGUGCGGACGACAUUUCUUACGUAGAGCACACGGCCCGGCAACAGACGAAUUUAAACACACCGGUAGUGGCGCUGCAGACACCGAUUCCGGGACUGACGAACUACACGACCACGCUCGGGUCGUUCGGGGCGCAGGACUUUUCGCUCAACUCCGACAUCAUGAUCGGCCCGUGGGGCGCCACGUCCAACCACAGCCAAAACACGUCGGCCGCAGCAGCCGCGGCCGCCAUGGGCAGCUUGCAGCACUCUAGAAUACUUUUCAGCGGUUUGCCCCAUCUAGCCGUGUCCAACAGUACGCCACCUCCCUCGACUUCGCCCCUGUCGGUGAAAAUUAAGGCGGAACCGAUCUCACCGCCGCGGGAGCACCACAGCAACGCGUCGCAUCACCACGGGUCCGGCAUACCCGGUGGUGGCGGCGGUGGCGGAACCAAUGGUGCUACCGGGGCGGCAGGCAGUGCGAAUGGACCAGCGAGCAGUGGCGUGAACAGCGCACCCAACCAGCCAAGCAGCCAGCAUACGAACGGAAACAAUGCACAGCAACUAAGCUCGAUGGGCGGCAACGUGGUGGUCAGCGGAGGCGGUACGGCCGGGGGUUCGUUAGGCGCCAACCUCAACCACACCCAUAUGAUACACUCGAGACCUUCCUCGACCGGCCACCUAACACCGACACCUGACUCCUAUAUGCCUAUCGGGGGGCAUCUGGCAGGUUCCGCGACGCCAACCAACGCACCGUCGCCGGUCGAUAUCAGGCAUCUCAGCACCGGUGGCAGCCAUCUACCCGAGUACGACGCUCCGUCCGCCCAGGCGCAUAAAAGACCAAGAAUAUCGGAGGGUUGGGCGACAUAGCCCCUAAAGACUGGCGGCGGCGGCGGCCCUACUGUUGGUUCCCGUGGUAACGAUGGUGGCCAUUGCUAUCUGGAUGAUAACUCGAACCAGAUCGUGAUAGUUGAGGCAGACAAUGGCACUGGGAGCACC